AUGAGUGAAACAGCAAGUCUUUGGGUAAAAUCCCGCGAAUGCCUUCCAGAACAUGUGAAAGAAUGGCUUGAGAGCUUUGAAGACAAUGUAAAACCUGGCUUGACAGCAAAAGAGCAGGUUGAUUGGCUCAUCAGUGAAACGGAACAAAAGAAGACCGAGUUCGAGAAGACACGCCUUCUUCAUUUUGCGGAGACAAAGAGCAAUAGAUGGGACUUGCGAAAGUAUUUUGACCGCAUGGUCCAUUGUCUAAACAAGUUCAAGGCCAUAGGCGAUGUGGCAUCGUCUUUUGACCCUGUCCAUGCAGCUCUUCCGUGGGCGGCUUUUCGAUUCGUCUUGCAGGCUAUAGUAGCAGAGAAAGAGUUCACAGAAAGCAUCUUCGAGCUAUUGUCGUUAAUCCCUCAUUUUGUCAUUUCAGGGCAUGUUCUAGAAGUCGUCUAUAUAAACGACAAGACGCAUCUCGAGCAUAGCCAUAAUGGACCAUCUCUGCGCCAGCAAUGCGUUUACAAUUUGAGCCAAGAAUUAACCAAACUUUAUUCAUUACUUCUAGUAGCGCUUGAGUAUUCUUACUCGUCCUUCAUACUCAAGAAGGGGAAGCGCAAGGUCUUGGCACUUUUCAACUCAUCUGAGCCAGUGGGUAUCCUCAACGAAUUGAAAGCGCAGUUCAAUCAGGUCUCGAACUGUGGUCAAGACUGUGGCCGUAUUCUUGCUUAUGCAUCAUCUCACAAGUACUUGAGUUUACUUGACGAGGUCAAACUCUCUAUCGCACAUCUAGAAGACCGUGUCUUGGAAGCACUUGUUCGCAUCAGUGAGCAGGAUCGCUUAAGGACUCUUGGAAAGAUUUCUGCUAUUCUAUUCCGAAGCCACCACGAGGAGGUGAGAAGAAAGAGGACUGGGGGUACUUGUCAAUGGAUUCUCAAGAAGAAGAAGUUUCUUGAGUGGGAAUCCAAUGAUGCAGCUCUAAUGGUGCUGUACGGUAACCCUGGUGCGGGAAAGACAUUCCUCGUCUCCAAAGUGGUCGACUAUUGUUGCGAGAAUGCCCUGUCCGAUGAGGCAGUAGCCUACUUUUACUGCAAGCGUGAUGAGGGGAACAGGAGAAAUCCUCAAGACAUCCUUCGUAGCAUCUUGCGGCAGCUUUCAACUCCGGUGAAGCAAGUGGAAAGUGGAAAGAUUCACCAAGCUCUAAAAGGGCUCCCCGACCGUCUAGAAACCAGCGGUAUGUCCUUCGACAUAGCAACUUGCCAAAACCUGAUUGAAACACUUAUCGGUGAUUAUUCGAGAACCACUAUCAUCAUUGAUGCACUAGACGAAUGCGAGAGGGACAGUCGAGUAGAACUUAUGAGGGCUGUUUCAGGUUUGCUGAAUGGCAACAGCAGGACUCGCAUUUUCAUAUCGAGUCGGACCGAUGAUGAUAUACGACGCAACUUUCAAGACAAGCCUAUUAUUGAGAUACAAGCGACUGACAACGAAGCUGACAUAAAUUCAUUUGUGCAAGAUGAGCUGUCGCAAGACCCACGAUGGGGUGGCCUGACACCAGAGCUUCAGAAACAAAUUGAAGCAACUUUCCAUGACAAAAGUCAGGGAAUGUUUCAAUGGGCAGCAUUGCAGGUAAAGCAGCUAUGUCAAUCGACAGUGUGGAAUCAAUCAAGCAUCAAAGCCCAUAUCUCGAAUGCGCCCAAAGGUCUCAGAGCAGCUUAUGAUGUUAUCUGGGAUCAAAUAGGGCAAAGGACAUCUCAUGAAGAGCAGCAGGCGAGACGAGCUAUCAAAUGGGUCCUUUGUGCCUUUGAGCCCCUUGGAACUGCCGAAUUGUCCAGGUUGUUGCAAAUAGAUCCUGAUACCGACGAUACAGCACCCGUUGAGAGACUUACCAAAGAGGACAUUCUGGGUAUCGGCGGCAACUUACUCAUACACGAUGAAGAACUGAGAGUGUGGCGGUUUUGCCAUUUAUCAGCACGAGAGUAUAUCGAGGAAAACCAUUACGCCAUGGUCGAGGCUCACCGCCAUGCUGCCACUGCUUGCCUUCGAAAGCUGCUUCAGCCCCCAAUACCUGAAGUUGAGAACCCACGAAGUAUUGAGCCUCAUGAACCUUACUUUCGGCAUCUUGCUGGCGAGGUUGAACGCGGAAGGUCUUCCAACUGGGACCACAACCUAGACGACUACGUUUUCUGCGAGGUUCUUCAUCACGCAGGUCAAGCUGACUCGCCAUCGCCUGAAAACACUCAGUUGGCUUCUUUGCUAAGACAAUUCUUUGGAUCGAUAGACAGGGAGAGUCCUGUCUUUUGGUACUGGAAGGACUCUUGUCUAUCUUUAGCGAAGCGCAGGUCUUAUAAAUCGGGUUGUUACGUGUCAUUAGACCUUCUAGCCGUUCGUUCAAGGUCUUCGCCUUUAGAAGUUGCUGCUGUCUUUGGACUUUUUUACUUGCUGAAGGCCUGGUGGGAUGAACUGGGGCCCAAGUCAAGUGAUGGGGCUGAAGAGGGUCCGUCACUGCUCUCACUGGCCAUAGAAUUUCGACAUGAACGCAUCUGGAGAUAUCUUCUUACCAAAGACGUCAAAGCUGAUAACUGCGUCCUCCGACCAUUGAAAGUUGCCAUCAGGGCAAACUAUCUGCCUGCUCUGGAUGCACUUGUUGAGGCAGGCUUUGAUGUAAACGACGUGGAUCUGAAAACACCACUCGCAAGGUUGUUGAGGCGAGCCGACAAGCCGGAAGUUGACACAGCACUCAAGUGUGCUUUAAAAUGGUCCAGUGAUGAGAACAAAAAGCCCGUUUUGCGAAUGCUUCUUGAUAAAGGAGCGAGUGUGACUUUACGGACUCCACAUGAAAGCGCUCUUGAAUUCGCCAUCAAGACAUCAACUCCAGAUAUUGUGCGAAUGUUACUAGAUGCUGCCACACAAGUUCAUGACCCCACAGAACUCCUAUACUUUGCAGCUCACAAUAAAAAAGACGACUUGGUUCCCUUACUAGUUGAGCUGGGUGCUGACGUCAACAAGCGAGUGGAAGGAAGGACGGCAUUGACAGAGGCAUUGAGACGAAGAAACACACCAUGUGUGGUCUCAUUGCUAGAUGUUGGUGCGGGAAUAGAUUUUAGCUAUCGGGAAGAUCGAGAAGCGGUCACCAACGACUGCGGCUCUAAACAACUCAUGUCGAUGCUCGAGAUUCUCGUGCAGACAGGCGCAGAUCUGAACGCAAGCGAUGGCAGAGAAAAUAUUUUGCUGUCAGCUCUUUCUUGCAUAAACGCAUCGCAUACGUCCAUUGACGACUACAAAGACGUUGUCCAGUGGGCCAUAGACAACGGCGCUGACAUAAACCAAACUCUCCCCGAGGCUGCACUCCCAACACUUCUAUGUACUGUAGCGGCAAAGUACAAAGCAGCUGUGGUGCAAAGCCUACUUGAUGUCGGAGCAGACGCAGCUCUCAGCACAGAUUUCGGGUUUGGAAGUGCUUUGAUCGCAGCUGCUUUUCAUGGAAAACAUCAGACAUGUCGUUUUUUACUCAAUCAACAAGGAGUUGAUGUCAAUCAGCAUCACCGUUGUUUUUUCCGAAACGCUUUGUAUGCUACCAUCAUGGGUCAUUUGGACUAUCUCGACAUGGACGAGUGGGAUAGAAAGUACAAGAUAUGGGAUCUGGAAAGCCGUCUAGGGUAUACCAUCGAGUCCCCUGAUCAUCUCGCAGUCAUGAAAGUUUUGUUUGAGAAGGACUUACAUCUUUACCUACCAAUCUAUAACUCCCUUGAAGUGCCGGCUCCUCUCGUUUAUGUUGGGGGAAACAGAUAUGAGAUCGGAGAGUGUUGCAUUAUGAACAAUGCAGUAUACCAAAGCGGUCUAUCCAGUUUAUGGUUCUUCAUAAUAUGGGAACUACAUCAUAGCGCAGGCUCCAAGGGUCAAUUGCAACCGCUGCUGCAUCGUUUGCACUUCCCCGAAUACUCUAAAUUGAGGCCGAGAGUUUUGGCAAAAGUGAAAGGGUGUUUCAAACAAAGACCUGACUUUGUCAUGAUCAUCACCUUGCACAAAGAUCACUCGCAGCUGAACGUUUUUCGGGUGCCUUGGAAGCGUCCCAAUGUUGAUUAUGAGUUCAAAGAUUGUCGGUGGAAGAGAUACACUCCCCGUGAGUUUGGUGGCGUCGACGACACUGUUCCGCCCUGUAGAGAUGACGGGAUUUCAGACAUGAAGAAUAUCCCUUCUCUUGACGAGGUUGAGGCCCGCGGGGCAAAACGACACGAAACUGUGGUGUUAUGGCUGCUUGUGCUGGUCUUUAUCGGUUGUUUCGCAUAUAUCAUCAGUCUAGCUAUGGAGGCUCACUGA